GCCGCCGCCGCCGCCGCAGACGGCGCCGUUAACGGUCAUGCUGACCAGCGCUGACCGUGCCUGCUCGCCGCCGUCACCACCGCCGCGGCAGACGAUGGCGGUAACGACGAUGCCGUCGUGCCUGCUGACGCCGCCGUCAUCGAUGCCGUCGUGCCUGCUGACGCCGCCGCCGACGAUGCCGUCGUGCCUGCUGACGCCUCCGAGCACUCCCGAGCCGGUGGUGUGGGUGCGGCCGCGCCUGGCGCCGGCGCCGGUGGCCGACCCGCGCACUCUGGCCGAGGUGCACAGCCCCGGCUGCGUGCAGCAGUGGACCAAGGGCCUCCGGUUGGACGACGCGCUGGUGGCGGUGCACGUGCGCCACGAGGGCUACACGGUGGAGCCGGCGUUCCCGGGGCCCGUGCCGCGACACCUGGUGACCGACCCGGCUGGCGUGAUGCACGUCUGUGUGCCCAUCAGCAGCUUCAAGUCGCAGGUGGACUAG